CUCGAUCCAGAACUCGGUCAGUGGCGCAUCAUGAAGUUGAUGCUCACGCCGUCUGGCCCCUUCCAAUGGGGUCAUACGCCUCGAACAAGGUCCAGAUACCUACAACGCCGCUUCUUCGCUGCGGUGGCGGAUGCAAUCAGACCAUAUGAUGUGGUUGUCAUCGGCGGAGGCCAUGCCGGUACCGAAGCCAGUGCAGCGGCUGCACGAUCAGGUGCACGCACAGCGCUCGUCACUCCCUCUCUGUCCAACUUGGGCGUCUGUUCCUGCAAUCCAAGUUUUGGCGGCAUUGGCAAAGGCACCAUGUUGCGCGAGAUUGACGCUCUGGACGGCGUCGCAGGCCGCAUCGUGGACAAAGCCGGCAUACAAUUUCGGAUGCUCAACAGGAGCAAAGGUCCCGCAGUCUGGGGACCGCGCGCGCAGAUUGAUCGGGCCCUUUACAAGAGAUAUAUGCGGGAAGAGAUGCUGUCAACGCCAAACCUGAGUGUGCUGGAAGGUAAGGUUGCAGAUAUCAACGUCUCACAGGAUGCACUAGACCCCAGCGACACACUCUCGAAGGGACGCAUCACUGGCGUACGAUUGGAAGAUGGCCAAAUUAUUCCGACAUCACAUGUGGUCAUUACGACCGGCACUUUCCUAGGUGGAGAAAUACAUAUUGGUCUUGAGGCAUAUCCUUCUGGCAGAAUGGGCGAGGCUGCUACCUUUGGUCUGAGCAACUCCCUUCGAAGCGCUGGCUUCACAUUGGGACGGCUCAAAACAGGGACCCCGCCACGGCUGGACCGAGAUACGAUUGACUUCGGUAUGCUUGAGGUGCAGCCGGGCGACUCGCCACCAGCUCCCUUUUCAUACUUUAACGAUACUGUUGAAAUUGGAGACGAAGGCCAGUUGGCUUGCUGGACGACCUACACAAACGACGCUGCCCAUGCCAUCAUCCGUGCCAACCUCGACAAAUCUAUACACAUUCGAGAAACGGUCAAGGGGCCUCGGUAUUGUCCCUCGCUAGAGUCGAAGAUCAUCAAAUUCGGACAUAAACCAAGACAUAUGAUCUGGCUGGAGCCUGAAGGUCUCGAGCCUAACAAGGUCAUCUAUCCCAACGGGAUCAGCAUGACAGUCCCAGCUGAUGCGCAAUAUGCGAUGCUGAAGACAAUCCAAGGCUUGGAAAAUGUCAAAAUGCUUCAACCAGGGUACGGUGUAGAGUAUGACUACAUUGACCCGAGAAAUCUCUUCCCCACUCUCGAGACCAAGUUAAUCAAGGGCUUGUUUCUUGCUGGUCAAAUCAAUGGUACCACUGGAUACGAGGAAGCAGCGUCACAGGGUAUCAUCGCCGGCAUCAAUGCCGGUCGCUCUUCACAGGGCGAAGGGCCUUUCACACUAUCGCGCUCGGAGGCAUUCAUUGGCAUAUUGAUUGACGACCUGAUCACCAAAGGAGUCAGCGAGCCAUAUCGGAUGUUUACAACCAGGAGCGAGUAUCGGAUGAGUUGCCGCUCGGAUAAUGCAGAUCUCCGUCUUACAGAAAAGGGCCGCGAAGCAGGUGUGGUCAGCGACAAGCGCUGGGAGCACUUCACCAGCUUCCGGGACCAGAUGGCCGAGCUACACAAAGGCCUGGAAGAAGCGCACUUCUCGGCUCAAGAGUUGCAAAGAUUUGGAAUUCGAUCACGCACCGACUCGAGCAAGAAAAGCGCGCUCGAUUUGCUUCGCUUGCCAGGAGUCACCAUUGAUAUGCUCUCGAGCCGCAUCCAAAGUCUACCCGCAGCCUCGAACUACGCAGAUACAGUAAAGACGCGUGUGCAGAUUGAGAGCAUAUAUGCGCCAUAUAUCGGCUUCCAACAACGGGCAGCACAGGCUUUUGAACGUGACGAGUCAUUAGCGCUACCUUUGGAUAUCGACUAUGAUAAGGUGGACGGGCUGAGCAUUGGUGAGCGAGAGGUUCUCAAGCUCGUGAGACCGUCGAGCAUCGGCAUGGCGCGGCGAGUCGAAGGCGUCACUCCUGUAGGGGCGCUGCGGCUACUGAAGCAUGCGAGACGAUCGGGAGGAGCCACCGCUCAUGCUUUGACUGCUUCCGCAUUGCCGAGCGACGAAUUGCUCCAGGUCGAGAGGACGGAAGCGGAAGGCGCAAUUGGCGCUUAACAUCUGGUCGCGUGAGCAAUGUAAAAACUGGUGUCGGGUGAAGAACUUGAUUUACACGGGCAUAGCGAACGGAGUUUGAUGGUCUCGAACUGAUUUCCAUUCAAUCAUGGCAUUGGAAUGUCCAGAUAUAUCUCAUACUAAGCGAUAACCGAAAGAGCAGGACUAGCACAAAGAUCUGACUGGACCAUUGAGGCCUCCUGGGCGGAGUUCUGCGUGAACAUGAUCUCUAAGGUUGCAUGCGGAGCAUGUAGAAGAGGUGAUGUCGAGUACAAAACUAAUGCUAUCGAGUCCGAGAAUCAGUAUAGCCAAUGAGGUGCAACAUCGUCCCCUGAUAAUGAGCCUGGGAGAGCCUGGGCUAUGGGUCGUGAUGGGUCCCUUGACUGACGACUUUACGUAUGGGCGGC